AUGUACACAGUGACUGGUAAUAAUAACAACAUGCCUGAGACACUAAUUCCAUCUGAAGAUUACGAUCUAUUAGCACAUGAAGCACAUCGAAUUGUCGAUGAAGUGGUCGCGCAAUCUUUAGUUCAUAUGAGUAGUGACAAGGAAGAACCGAAAGAUCGAGGUCGUUUCGUCGAAUUGGAGAACACGCAAGAACAGUCGAAUGUACAAUGGCCAACGAUUGAAGAGUUCAAGAAUACAAAUGUCGGCUUGGAGAAAAUCAAUGAAUACAUUGAUAAGCAAUGGAAAACAUCGCUGAGUGGUCAAGAUCCAUGUUGGUUAUAUGUAACUGAUUUCAUCGAGAAGAAAUCGCAAGAAUUCAACGAUCUUUAUAUCUAUCGCGUUCAGUAUUCUAUUCCAACUCGACGGCAACCCAUUCCGAAACAGACUGCGUCGAUAUAUUUCACUUUUGAUAUUUCAAAAGUGAAGCCGAAAAACACUAUUAUUCCAGUUUCAUUCACAUUCGAAACCAUGCGCUUGAUUCAUUAUCCUGACAAGUUUCGUUUUCGUCAAACAUGGUUAGAAAAUAUUCUUCUAAUGAAAGAGAAAUUAGCCAGUGCAAUGGACUUUUAA